AUGAGUCACGAGGUGAAUUCAAAGGAAAGCUCUUUGGAAAGUCAAUUGGAAAAAAACGAAGAUGAUUUAAAAAUGAAAGAUUCGCAGGGUGGGGAAGGAGUUGAUUUCGAUGGAGACAUCGAAGAUAGCGAUGUCGAAAUGGAAACGCAUUAUUAUCCGAUUUCGUCGGAAAAUAAUAGCGAAUUCACCGUUACCGCUAAUAAUUUAGAAGAAUUAAGACGAUACGCUAGAAAGUAUAAAAAGCAACAGGUUAAAACGAAUAAUAGGUUAAAUACGAUAAAUUUAGAACAUUUGAGCACGGCAUCGAAUCCUCCGACAUCCGUUUCCGGUAGUCAGGAUUCGGAUGAUGAUGAUUUGGAAGAUGUUUCGAGCGAAACGGAAACUCCGUCGAUUGAAAAAAGUCUCGGAUUCGGUUUGACUUCCGCCAGCACGGAAUCCCUUGAUUUUUUCGUUAAAAACACGGCGGUUCUUAAUGCGGCAAAACAAACAAAAACCGACAUUGAAAAAAUGAAGAAAAGAGAAGAAUUGAAAAAAAGGUUGGAAGACACGAGAAGGACGUUGAAAAUCGUACUCUGGAAUGUCUCCGUCACCUUUGAAAACGAGUCAAAGCAUUUGCGAUUUGUCACGAUAUCCGGAAAAAACUAG